GGACCUUGAAUCUGACGUCAAUUCGAGAAACUCAAGACAGGAAAACUACAUAUCCCAGAAUCCUCCCUGGUGCAAAAGUUGAUAGUGGCGACCUUGGGGAAAACUAGUGGUACAGCAUGGCGAAUAAAGAGCCUAAUUUCUUUCAGCAUUUGAGGGAUUUUGCUGGCCGGAUGUCCUGUGGUCCUCGUGGUGCAGGGGUUGGAUUGAAAUUACUGAUUGGUGCUGGUGCGCUUGCCUAUGGAAUCAAAAAGGUUACAUCUACAGACCUUCAGAUGGUGAACAUUGCACUGCGUGUGUUGUCACAGCCUGUGGCAUCCAACCUUCCCUACAUGAACCAGCAUUUGGGGAAAGAUUAUGAUGAGCGUGCCCUUCCUUCCAUAGUCAGUGAUGUCCUGAAGAGUGUUGUAGCCAAAUUCAAUGCCUCACAGCUUAUAACGCAAAGAGCUCAGAACGUCACUAAAUAAAAACAAGCAUGCUGCCUAGAGAAAGGUUUCGUUCUGCCUGUGUGUGUCAGCGAUCACGGGGAUAAAAGCAGACCCAAACGCAGGGAUAACAUAAAAGGGGUUUAUUAGGGAAAAAAAUAACAAAGGGCAAGAAACACUAGGAGACUCAGACUGGAAACACAAAACACAGGAACAACAAACAAAGAGACAGCCAACCAAAGACAGGACUCGGCAAAAAACAGACGCAAGACAACCGGUAUAAAUGGGGUGACAAUAAUCGAAACACAAGGAACAGGUGUGCAGAAGCAGGAACGGUUAAGGAAAAGGUAGGGCUAACACACGUGAUACAAAAAACAAACAAUAGCACAUGGCACAGACCCAAAAGCAACAGUGUCCCCCUAGAGUCCCUGACAGUGGUUCCAGUUUCUAAGUUUACUGAAAUCCUUUACACACAUUUGUCAUUACAGAUUCAAGAAGAUUUGUUCAAUGAAGUUCUCUCAUGGUUAUUCAGCUGUAUAUUGCAGUUAUAUACAACAGAGAGAUCUGUUAUUCUGAAUAUCUGUAAAUUUUAAUUCCCUUACCCCUCUAUUCCUUGGCUGGUUGUUGCCAUCAGUGUAUUAUAGUAAUGUUCAUAUGAUCUAAAUCCACCAAUGUUCUGAAAAAACAAACAAACAAUGUCUUUGCUGUAUAAAUGUGCGACUAAGACAUGAACGGACAGCAAAAUAAAACCUUUUUGUAUUCAGAAGGUCAUUGUGAAUGCGUGCUUUUGUAAGUCUUUAUCCAAAGAUAUAAUGGUCAGUCAAUCAAAAAGCUGUGAAAUGUCAGUGUAUAAAUUUGA